AUGUACCAAAAUCCGGUAAAACGCAUAACGAAAACCAGUUUUAAUGCAAUUUUCACAAGGGUCUGGUCACAAUGUUUGACCCAUGAAAAUAUAGUAAACGGUUUUCGGGCUACAGGCCUAUACCCUUUCAAUCCGGACAUAUUACCUGACGAGGCAUAUAUUCCAUCUAUCUUAACUGAGCUACCGCUACCAACAGAACCCGGUGCUGUAGUCGACUCCGAUAUAGAAGAGCAGCCUCAGCACAAUGGUGAUUCUCCAUUUCUUUUAGAGCAAGCUCCACAUUCACCUGAAAAAAGUUCUGCUCAAAGCGCCACAGAUCCGCAUGCCUUGACAGUUAAUACUAAUCAACAACAUAAAGACAUCGUCCAGUCAUCUGAAAGAUCUUUAGUAAUGUAG